GCUUGCCAGCAGACAGGAUAUCCGGUCAAACCGGAAAACAAGAUUGUCGUCAGGAUGAUUCUUUUUCCUAUCAGCUAACGUCGACCAGAAUGUAACAUAUGGAGUUAGUAAAAAUAAAUAUUGGGGGAGCAGAUAUGCGACACUAUUUCUUCCAUUUUGUAUGAAUAAUGUUAUUUUUUAUGCUUCCUUGAGUCGUUGUCCUCCGCCAAAGAGAGGUUGGUUGAACUGCUAGUACGUUAGCUCCAAGUGGAGUCCCGAGCCACCUGUCACCCUUUUUCAAUGGCACGCAAUUUGACUUUUAUAGCGUCAGGCAGUUGUUUACUUAUUAUAUCUGUCCGUCUUAUUCCGCUUAUCAAUGCCUGAACACGGACCAAGGAUGAAUGGGUUUUCUUUCAGCGAACUGUGCUGGCUAUUCUGUUGCCCGCCCUGUCCCAGUCGCAUCGCGGCGAAACUAGCUUUCCUUCCACCUGAGCCCACGUACCUGAUCCAUACCGAUGCAGAUGGAGGAACGAGCUUGCAUUUAACCGAACGCGCGGACUGGCAGUAUUCUCAGCGUGAACUCGACGUGGUGGAAGUAUUUAGCACCCGAAGUAGUCGGGGUAACCGGGUGCAAACCAUGUUUGUGCGUUGUGCCCCCAACAGCCGCUACACACUACUAUUUUCCCAUGGAAACGCCGUGGACUUGGGACAGAUGUGCAGUUUUUACAUCGGCUUGGGGUCCCGAAUCAACUGCAACGUGUUUUCUUACGACUACUCGGGCUAUGGAGUUAGUACUGGCAAGGCCUCUGAGAAGAACAUGUAUGCGGAUAUCGAGGCGGCUUGGCAUGUCCUGAGGAACAAGUAUGGGGUAACACCAGAGAACAUCAUCCUCUAUGGUCAGAGUAUUGGCACUGUGCCCACCAUUGACCUCGCUGCUCGCUAUGAAUGUGCAGCCAUCAUUCUGCACUCACCACUUAUGUCGGGUCUUCGAGUGGCUUUCCCGAAUACACGCAAGACUUACUGCUUUGAUGCUUUCCCUAGUAUUGACAAGGUGUCCAAGGUGGCAUCCCCCGUGUUGGUGAUCCACGGUACAGAGGAUGAAGUGAUUGACUUCUCUCAUGGCUUGACAAUGUAUGAACGCUGCCCCCGUGCCGUCGAGCCCCUCUGGGUGGAAGGAGCGGGGCACAAUGACAUCGAACUCUAUGCACAAUACCUGGAGAGACUCAAGCAGUUCAUUUCCUUUGAGCUUCACACGUCCUCUUGAGUGGAGUCCGGCACACACAGGCCAGGGUUCAACAGGACAGUCUUCUCCUUUUAAGCGCCAAACUUCAUCCUCAAGCAGAAACAGGACUGUAGUAAACAUAUCACAUGGCAUUCCCAUGUCUUUGUAGACUCUUUAGGGAUUAUAAUGAAAGGUGUACUAUCCAGCUCAAUUUCUUUGGUCCGCGCACACCUCAUUCUCUUGUUGAAUUAAGAACAUUUACUUAUUCUAAUCAAUUCAUAGUGGGAUUCCUGCCUGCUGAGAGUUUCUGACGUGGUCACACUUGAUAUAUAUAUUUUAUACUCUUACAAAAGAAAAUUGUUUUUCCACCUCAAGUGACAAUUCAAGUUUGUAGAUUUUCUGUAUUCCUGGGUUUUAUUUUCAGGACUAAUCAAACAAAUGCACUUUUUUGUGCAACUACUUUCAGGAAUUAUAUUUUUUCUGCCCUCCUUCAAGCAUUCCAGUUUUUUUUGUUUAUUUUGUGAAUUUUUUUUUUUUUCCUAAAUUGCACACCUACUAUAUUUUAUACUGCUUUUCUAGCUGUGAUCUCUGGAACACUAAUGACUGCUAACCUCUGGUCCAAGAAGAAGGUGCAUACAGAUUCUGUAUUUUAACAAGUCAGUCAAGACAUUACAAACACAUGUUGAGAAAAAUGGAUGCUUGCCUCAACAAAAUAAAAAUAACAAUAUCAGGGCUAUUCUUUUGCAAACCAGACAUGUUUCUUUAGAAUUAUGUUUUACAUUUUCUUUUAUUGAACCGCAAAAUGUGGUCUACGUCAAACACUAUGUUGCCACUUUUUUGGUGUAUCUACUCUACUGUUACACUCCAAAUAAACAAUAUUCUCACAGUUCCCAGCAACCUUGUUGGGUACAUGGCGGCUCGAAGUGACUUAUACAUGCUGCUGUUUUUGUUUGAGAUGCAGUCAUUCAAACACUGUGAAAGCUGGGAAAAACAAUGAAAUAUUUGUAACCGACUGAACCUCGGAUUUAAGCUGCUCCAACCGUCAUUGUCAGGAUGUGUCCCUGACUCCUAUUGGGUGGACAACAGUCAAGUUGUACUUUCCUUAAAAAAUACUGCUUGCUGAGCCCUUGUGGAAGUUUGCAGUUUCUUUUAGGAUCACGCUCCAAAGAAGUGAGAACAAAAUGUAGGCAGCUUAAUUGCUUCUUGUUUAGGUUGUCAUUUUUAGACAGCAUUUUUUUUUUUUUUUGUUAUGGAAGAAGAAUGCAUAAAAAAGUUAGAAUUAAACUGACAAUAAUAAAAAAAGUCAAACACUGCUAAAGUAUAUUGUUGAAAAUGUAAAACUGAGAAGGUUGUGUUUAAGCAGUAAUAAUUUGAUUGUGAAAUGAUUUUUGUCAUAUUUGUGGUAUCUCAUUGGCAAACUUUGGUUGAUCUUUUUAAUAGUUUGAAGGGCCCCCUCCCGCUUUAGUUUUGGUAGCUGUUUUGAUACUUGAAAUUUCUAUGAUUACUAUUUUAAAUGUUGCUAGAUUGUUAGUCUAUGAAGUCACUCAUUGAUAUUAACGUACAAUGUUCUGCCUAGUCUCACUGACACUGGAGUCAUUUAUGAAAACUAUAAAGCAAAUGGCACUAGAAAGUAGAUUUUGGUAUUAUGCCUUAAACAUUUUGAAAUUGUUGCAAAAAAGCAACACAAUGUAUGUUUAAAUGCUUGAAGAAUAAAAAUGCAAGAAAAUGAA